CUCCCGGCGCGGGGCGGCAGCAGCAGCAUGGGCCGGCGGGGCCGCGCCGCGCCCGCGCCUCCGCGCCCCGCCGCCGCCGCCCCGCACCGCUGAGCGCCGGCUCCCCCCGCCGUCAUGGGCUCCCACCUGCCGCCGCAGCAGCAGCAGCAGCGCCCGGAGCCCCAGCUGGUGCUGCAGCUGGCGGCCGGAGCUCUGCAAGCGCAGAACUUGGAGCUGUCGGGCGGCGGCCUGGGGCCCGAGUGGCAGGUGCUGCUCGGGCGGGCCGACGCGCUGGCCUACGGCGGGCGGCUGCACGAAGCCCUGCCGCUCUACCAGCUGGCGUCCCGCCACCAGCAGCUGCGGGCCGAGCAGCUGGAGAAGCUGGUGGAGUGCCUGGCGCAGAGCGUCCGGAUCAAAGAGGGGCUGCCCGCCGCCGGGAACGGCUCCCCGCAGCCCCGCGAAUGGGACGUCUUCAGGUGCCGCAAAUGCCAGGGCUUCCUCUUCGAGCCCGUUUCCUUGCCUUGCGGACACACGUUCUGCAAAAAGUGCCUGGAGAGGGACCGGGCGGCCGAGUCCCGCUGCGUGCUGUGCAAGGAGGAGGGCGGCGCGGCGGCCGGGCAGCUCCCGCGGGUCAAUGUCAUCCUCAGCAACCUGCUGGCCAAGUGGUUCCCCUGCCAAGUGAAGGCUUCGCAGCUCAGGCACGAAGGGAACCUCUUGUACAAGGAGAAGAAGCUACAAGCCGCCCUGCAGAAGUACAACGAAGCGGUCAGCCUAGCUCCCAAUGACCACUUACUAUACAGCAACCGGUCCCAGAUUAACUCUACUUUGAAAGCUUGUGAAGAUGCACUGCGUGAUGCAGAAACAGCGUGCAGGCUACAGCCAUACUGGUUGAAAGGUCACCUAAGGAAAGGACAAGCAUUAGCUAAUCUGGGGAAAACAGAAGAAGCUUUAAGAGAGUUUCUAUUCUGCCUUGCUCUAGAUACUGGGAACAAGACAGCCAAGUCUGAGGCGCAAAAGCUUCUACUUAGUUUGUUUUCACUCAUCCCGGGAAAUGCUCAGGAACACUUACCUGAUAUCCUGCAGCUGUUGUCACAUCACUCUAGAUUAAAGGGGAAUCUCCUAAAUUCAGUGGGAUCUGGAGGCACCAGCCAUAACCUACAAAGGUUGCUCAAGGUAAAUGUGGAACAGAAAAAGGGUUUGCCCGUUCAAGAGGAACCAAAUGUAACUACUUCUGAUACUUUGAGGAAGUCUAUACAAAUUACAGAGAGCAGAAAGGACUGCUCAGAGGAGGAGAACAAACUCAGCGCCACACCAGAGUCUGCCUUUCUCAUUUCUGAGAAGCGCAGCCUCAUGAAAAGGAAAUGCUGCUCAGAGGAGCUGCGAAAUGCUGAGGUACCCUGCAAACUGAUGAAGAAAGAUACAGUUGAUACUAAGGGAAAUAGUACUGGACAACAUAUUCCAUUUGAAUUUGUGGAUCCGUCAGAUUUGGACUGCUCCCUGUGUAUGAGGCUCUUCUAUGAACCUGUCACUACACCUUGUGGACACACCUUCUGUCUCAAAUGUCUUGAGAGAUGCCUGGAUCACAACCCAAAAUGUCCCCUGUGCAAGGAAGGGCUCUCAGAGUGCUUGGCUAUGAGGAAAUACUGUAAAACAGUACUAAUGGAGGAGUUAAUAGCUAGAUAUCUUCCAGAGGAACUCACUGAAAGAAGAAAGAUUUAUGAAGAGGAAAUAGCAGAGCUUUCCAACCUAAAUAAGAAUGUUCCCAUAUUUGUCUGCACAAUGGCUUAUCCUACAGUCCCGUGCCCUUUGCACAUCUUUGAGCCGUGUUAUCGCCUGAUGAUUCGAAGGUGCAUGGAGACUGGCACCAAACAGUUCGGGAUGUGCAUCAGUGACCCUGUAAAAGGGUUUGCAGAUUAUGGCUGCAUUCUGGAGAUAAGAAACGUUGAAUUCUUUGCUGAUGGUCGCUCUGUUGUAGACAGCAUUGGCAAGAGGAGAUUUAAGGUGAUACAGCACAGCCAGCGUGAUGGCUAUAAUACAGCGGAUAUUGAGUACAUUGAGGAUCAAAAGGUGCAAGGACAAGAGUACGCCGCAUUACUGGUUCUCCAUGAUUCUGUCUAUGAUCAGGCGUAUAUGUGGUUUAACUCCCUCAAGCAAGCACUCAAAAGUCGAAUUCUCAGCCAUUUUGGUCCUAUGCCAGCUAAGGAUCCUGACCCACAGGCUAACCCUAAUGGGCCAGCCUGGUGCUGGUGGGUCCUAGCUGUCCUUCCACUUGAGAACAGAGCUCAGCUCCCUUUCCUUGCCAUGAAAUCCCUCAAAGACCGCUUGAAUGGCAUCAGACGUGUCCUUACAUUCAUGUCUCGUACAAGAUCACGGUGAUGGUGAGAAGGAGAGCUGAGAAGUCUCCCACAGUAUUUGACUGUAGACUGUCUCUUGUAACUUCAUCUAACUGCAAUAAUGUCUUACAGAUUUGGGUGUCAGGAUGUUUCAAGCCUGAAUUUCCAAGAAAAUGAGUUAUAAAGAGCAAGGGAUGUUUAUGGAUACUUCAAUAGUUUCCAUUUGGAACUUUGAGAUGAUCAUUCAAAUCACUGCACUGCUAAAUUAAUAACAAAUGUGAUAGAACAAAAAGUGAUCUUGUUUGCCAUAAACCUUUUAAAAAGCUUAAGAGGUUUUUUAAUUUAUUUUAUUUUUAUUUUUUUAGUGGAUAAAGGAUAAACUGUGCAGUUUAAUGUGAAGCAGAAAUAAUAAUGUUAAUGCAUUAUUUCAGUGAACUGCAGAGUCUUUUAUUACAAAUGGUUCAGGGUUUAUACAGCAUUGUGUAAAAUAAUGUUCACGACUUCCGUUUGAUAAUUUAUUUUUGCACUAUGAUUUUUUGUUUCAAAAUGUAUAUUAUUUAUGUGUUCAUUCUCUAAAGGAAAGUGAGCUGCUCUAUUUAUAGUGUUUUUAUCCUGUGUUUGACUGGGGGCAAAAUGAUGAUUCUAGCAGUGCACAAGCAACUGCUUUGAUAAUUUUUUUUUAGAUAUUUGUGUUCAAAUACUUUGAAUGUUUUUCUACUUAUCUCCAGUUCUACUGUAGCCUAAGAAGAAUUCCCCUCCCCGCCCCGAAACAGCCUGCCGUGAAGUCUUUGAAUACACAGAUUAUGUCUGAGAUAAUUUAAGCACAGUUGUUGGAGCUUGAUCCUAUGCUUGCAACUAGGUUCUCGAUAUCACAGAACAGUCAAGUGUGUGCUUAACCUUAAGCAUGAGUGAUUAAGUGCUUGGGUAAAUUCAAGUCUUGAUCAGUUGAUGUCAGUGGGAAUUGGCCAUAGUGGUGACAGAAGGAUCUAUCCCCUAAUUUUACACAGAACAGAGAAUAACUUGGAGUUGAAUUUAUAUCUGAACCCUUUUUUGCAAGGAUGGAUAAUGGCUACAAACAACUGCAAAGAAUGAGCCACAAUAUUUGAAAAGUGGCUUCUCCUAAAGAAAACUGGAAGUACUGGUAUCAUUUCAUUGUAGGUUACUACAUAGAUUUUUUUUUUUACAUCAACUCUUCUUGCUGUUAAGAUCAGUUUUAUUUCUUUUAAUUGUUUGGUGGGGUUUGGCUUUGGAGUGUGUGUAUGUGGCGGGGAGGAGGGAGUUAUUUUGAACUGUAGGACUCAGAGGGCAGUUUGUGUCACAUAAGAAGGAAUAUGUUGUAAUAAAUGUUAUUUAUUUCACCCCAAUCUUCAGGUUUUCUGUUAGCUUCAAAAGCCUACCCAGCCAUUGCAUUUCUCCUAAGAGAUUGGGUAGCAUUGCUAAUAAUAGCUAACUCCGAAGGAAAACAAGUAAAUUUUAGCAUGAUUACUUCUAGCUAUAAACCAGGUAAAAAUAGGGCAGAAAUGAGAAUAGGAAGUAUCUUGGGUUUGAUUUUUUUUUUUAAAUCAACAGUUCAUAUACCUGUUUUGCUGCUUUUAUUGCUCUCAGCGUACCAGCUUCUGGGACUGAUCUUGCCUCCAUCUAACUUUGACUUUCACUGAUUUCAAUGUGAGCAGAACUAGGCCUUUUAUUCUAUUAUUUUCCUUUUCAGUGGCAAAAAAUAGAUUGAAUUGAGAAUGUUCCAGAAUGCUACAAAUUUCUUUGUUAUUUUUACCCACGAUAGCACUCUUUGGCAUCCCAUGCCUUUAUGGAAAAAUUCAGUAGAAUUUAAUAUCAAUUUUACAUGUGCUCUUCCAUCAUCAUCUCAUCAGAAAUAUUUAUUAGUUGAAAGUAACUUCUGUACUGUUAAGUUUCCAUAGAACUACCUUUGUUCCCUCUCGUGUUAAAUUCUGUAGAACUUUUCCGUAAGGGUACCAAAGAAACGAAUGGAAGACAAGCGUGUUUCAACCUUGUGAGGCAAAUGAAAUAUGUAUCCUGCGUUUGCAUUGAGCUACUCUAGAAAUGCUAUCACUUAUUUCUAUACUGCUACAUCGCCGCACUUCUUCCAUAGGUGGAACUUCACAUGCUUCUCUGUAAACAAUGUAUAGGAAUACAUACAUGUUCUGAACAAUAACAAGUGUGUGGUGGCUGACACCUGCUGUGGCAUUUGUCUUCAUAAGUCCGUAAUGAAGUGAUUUCUACUUGUUUUGAAGUGAAGCUGCGUUAAAUGCAAUUCUUCCUUAUACCAUUAUAUAUUAUUCCAUAACAUAAGGGGCCCAUAUUGCUCCCAUACAAAAAAGCUGUCACUUUGUUACUCUUACCUGUGAGAAAACGACCUUAAAUAUCUAUUUUAAACUGCUUUCUCACUGAUCAUUGUUCUUUCUUCCUGCAUGCUAUGUCUUCUCCAUACUCAUAGUCUGCCUAUUUUGUUGAUUUAGAAGUUGGCGUGGAAAAAGUCCUUGAUUUUAAAGGUGAAUGUUGUCUUUUCUAUUAGCCUUGAGUAAAGCUGCCAGAACUUCCUAAGCAGAAACUUGUGUACAUGCCCUAUAUCAUGAACUCCCAGUGCAUUUGCUGCAACCUGGAAACACAGGAACUGCUGCAUGUGAUGCAUACAGUUGAUCUGCAUAUGCACAACAAAUCGAACACCUCAAGAAGGUUCAUCUGUACACGUACAGUAGCAUUCUGUCUGGGACUGCUCUAUGGCCACACAUCCUAGGUUAAUGUCUAAAGUCUGCAAAUUCCAUCAGAAGGAAAAAAAAGUUGAGCAACAGAUUUGCUAGAGAACACAAACCUGUCUGGGAAAAGCUGGACAAGGAGCAGCCUUAGCCUUUAGUGAGUUGAGACAGUAAAGUUUUAGUAAUGAGGUUUAAAAACAAAAAAUCUUCUAGUUAUGCCACAGUAUUGCUAAUUUUUUUGAGUUGUAUUAAUCAGUACAAGGAUGUAAAUGCAACAUUUAUUAAAAGCAUGAAUAAACAGCUGAACAGAUUUAAAAAAAACUUCUCUUUAAUUAUAGAAAUGGCAUUGAUCAGAUGAAAUACUAACUGGGGGAGUAUUUUAUUUAAGCUUCUCACAUUUUUCUAGACAUCAAACCCAGUCCCAUAACCAGUCUUGCUCAGCUGUUUGAGUCAUGAUUUUUUUUUUUUAAACUCUCAUUCCCCAUGUGGCCAGAAGUAUUGAAGUGUGAGGGCUUAAGUAAUGCAUCGGCUUCUGACUAGUUCUUCAAAGAAGUCAAUGCUCAUUGAGCCUAGAUCAUUGAGUUAGGGUUACUAAAAUCAAUAGGUUUUUUUAUUUAUAAGGAAAUGGGAUCAGUCCCCCUUUAGUAAAAAAGAAAGUGGGGGGAUGCAAAAAGCAAGUCUUCUGUAAUGGGGGCAGAGAGGGAACCAAGAACAGGUCAAACUGUAAGUGCCAGUCUGCUGGGCAAUAUCACCUAAACAUCUCCCAGAGACUUCUUGAAGGUUUUACCCUUGCAUUUCUAAGAUAUGGCUUUGUUAAUGUGAAAUCUCUUUUCUGUAAAAAGUAUUUAACAAAAUACAUUAAAAUAAAUAACAAAGACUGGCUGUAUCACCUUUCCAAAUCUCUGUAUAUAUAUAUGUUAUAUGGCUUCUAAUUAAAAUAAGUCAGAAGUGUUCUGCAGGAAGUAAUACUAAUUUUUCAUUCCCUUAUCUAGGCAGACUUACAACACUCAGAAUAACUUUUCUUUGUCUUAUGCUCCUUCAUCUAGCAAUAACUUAAGGGGAUAUGUUGCCAUGAAAAUGGCUGUUUUCUUGGCUAGCGUGGCUUGGUUAAAAGUAACCCUGAGACAGGACUGGAUUAAUCAGGAAAAAUGAAACCUGACAGUGAACGCCGACACAGUUGUGACAAGUAGUUCAGUAGCUGUAAUAAUGGUGAGAUAGGCCAUUAUCAUGCUAAGUCUUAAGUGAUGUUCUGGUGUUAGUUGUAAAAGUUCCUCUUGAUUUUUCUUACUUUAAGUGCUUCCAUUACCUUGUAGCAAUAAGAGAUACCGGCUGUCAUAAUGAGUAGCUGACCUAUUGCUUGGCCUUUCCUUCUGUCCUGUGUGACUAUUUACUGACAGGACACCUGAACCACGGAUUUCUUAAUCCAAAGAUUAUUUUAAUCUAAAAAAAAUCAUGUGGAUUUGGAUGUAGCAGGUCUGGCUUAAUCUGUGCUGUAGAGAAAAAGCUUUAUAAAAUUAAGUUUUUAUUUAGAUGGUCUUUUAAUGAUUUCUACUUGGUGCUGAAGUUUUACUGGUGUUUAAUGAAAGACAGGAGUUAUAUUUAAAUGCAGUGUUCAGGAAUGGAGAACAUGUUCACAAACUCUGAUUUCAAAAAAGUGUAAAUCAACUCCUUGGUUUUUGUACAUAAAAACCCAAUGGAACUGUAUGUACUUAGGGUAGUGCUCCUCAUUCCCCCGAGUCCUACAUCAGAUGCUUAGUUCUCAUUUAACGUCAGCUUCACGACCUAACUUGUAACUGGUGCAGCACAUAGUUUAGGAUCUGGGGUCUAUUCCAAAGCUCAGUAAAUCAAAGUCUUACAGCUACAGAAAAAUGGUAGUUUCAGCAAAGUCACUAUUUUGAAACACUUUGCUAAAUAAAUAUUGUCUGGAUACAAGAAACUAAUCUGCUUAGACAGGAUUAAAAUGGUGGAUAAUAAAGAACUGAACUAUUACAUUGACUUACUCAUCCAGGUAUCAUGUGAAGUGCUUACUAAUCUUGGAGUUUCAUAAGGUCUAAAGUAACCCUCACAUAGAAGUGCCUGUAUUCUGUUAUUGCCAUUCUUGAGCUUUUUAAUAGAGUCAUAGCCAUAUAUUUUAUAAAUAAACAUAUGCACCUUUAAAUCUUCACAUUCAACUUGCAGAACAAAGGUUUACAGAGCAGAAGUGUAGCAAAAACAAUGUAAUAGCUUCUGUAAUUCCCUGGUGAGGAAUGGGAGAAGUACAAAAACGAGGAGCAAAAGACUGUCUGUGUAAGAUGUCUUAAUUUGGCACCAUAUACUUGUCCAAUUUAAUUCCAUCAAGCUAUGUGGUUACAAGAGUGCCAGAAAUAUAUCAAGCCAUUUGAAAUAAAAAGUUUUGUGGACUUGUAUAUUCCAUUUGUUUGUAAAACAUCCUUUUGUGCACUGUAAUGAACUUGAAAUGAAACUUAAGUUAUACUCUCAUAUCACUGAGCAGAGUGCUGUUCAGCUACCUCUACGUAAGGUUGAAGUAAUUUGUUUUAUCCGGAUUUGUUCACAUCGUCACAUAAAAAUAUUUUUUAAAAAAAUCAUAGUCCAAAGAACCUGUAUGUGUUUGUAGAUGUACUUAUAACUAUGUUGUACCAACAAGUCUGUGUGGAGAGUUGUUUGCUAAUUAAAAUUUUUGUGUUCUUUA